AUGGUUUCUGCUUACCCAAUAGAAAAGAUUCGUAACAUCGGCUUCAUUGCCCACAUAGACGCGGGAAAGACCACUGUCACAGAACGGGUGCUUUAUUUGACUGGCCGCAUUCACAAAGUUGGCGGCGUUGAUGAGGGCACUACGGCUAUGGACUAUAUGCCCCAGGAACGAGAGCGGGGCAUAACGAUUACUGCAGCCGCAACCACCGCUGAAUGGAAAGAGAACCGGGUCAAUAUUAUUGAUACCCCGGGGCAUGUGGAUUUUACUGCUGAAGUAGAGCGCAGCUUGCGGGUUCUGGACGGGGGUAUUGUUGUCCUGGAUGCCGUCGCCGGGGUCCAGUCCCAGUCGGAAACGGUUUGGCGCCAGGCCGACACUUAUAUGGUACCCCGCAUUUGCUUCGUCAAUAAGAUGGACCGUGUGGGCGCCAGUUUUUCGCGAACUAUAGAAUCCAUUAAGCGUCGUCUAAAGGCUAAUCCUGUACCGGUGCAGUUACCCAUGGGCGAGGAAGACGGCUUUAUAGGGGUAAUAGACCUGCUGGGAGGCAGGGCUUCCGUCUACCCGCGGGGGCGCGAUGCAAGUGGCGGCCUCACUCCCCCUGAACAAAUACCAGUACCCGAUGAAUACCAGGAGGCCUACGAAGAGCAACGGCAGGCCAUGAUCGAAAAGAUCGUGGAAACUGACGAGGCUCUGCUUAUCCAGUAUUUGGAAGGUGAGGAGCUAAAGGAAGAAGACCUUCGUUCCGCUCUUCGGGCAGCUACCAUCCAUCGCCAACUGGUUCCCGUGCUUUGUGGCAGCGCUAUAUCCGGAAAGGGUGUCCACCCGCUUCUGGACGCCAUUGUAGAACUUCUCCCCUCUCCGGCAGAUGUCCCACCUGUUGAAGGCAUCGACCCCAAGACUGAAGAGCCUCACCUUCGCUUCCCGGAUGAUAAGGCACCCUUAUCAGCUUUGGCAUUCAAAGUGAUAACAGACCCUUACGUUGGUCGCUUGGUGUUCCUUAGAAUCUAUUCUGGCUCGAUCAAGGCUGGCGGGUCGGUCUUGAAUGUUAGCAAGAAUCAGAGAGAGCGAAUGGGUCGGCUAUUGCACAUGCAUGCCAACCAUCGGGAAGAACUGGAGGUCAUAGGAGCAGGAAAUAUCUGUGCAGCCGUUGGCCUGAAGAAUACCUUUACCGGUGAUACCAUUUGCACUGCAGACAGCGCCUUGAUCCUGGAACCCCCGAAGUUCCCCGAACCCGUCGUCUCCGUCGCCAUAGAACCCAAUUCGAGAGCGGAUCAGGACCGACUCUCCGACGCCCUCCGCAAGCUGUCCGACGAGGAUCCUACCUUCGUAGUCAGGUUCAACGACGAGACGGCCCAGACCGUUAUAUCCGGCAUGGGAGAACUCCAUUUGGAAGUUCUGGUGGAUCGAAUGCGCCGCGAAUUUUCCGUGGAAGCCAAUGUUCGGCAGCCCUCGCGUGUCUUACAGAGAAACGCUGACCAAGGCGAUUCGCAGUGA